AUGCCUUUCGAAUACCAGAACGAGGGAAAGUUCCACCGUGUCCCCAAACUGGAGGGUGCUCCCGCCUGCGUGUACUUUACGUGGAGGAUGGCGCAUGCUAAUAACCUGCAGGCGACGUCUUUUCGACAUCCACCAGGGAUGCUUCUAACCCCCCUGACUGGCUCCAUGUUUUAUCUCAAAUACGAUGAGAACCCACAGCCAGCCCCUCCCUACCAUGACUUUGAGGAAACUGGGGUUCUCCUCCGGGGUGAAUUACAUCUUAAGGAUGAGGCUGGAAAGACAGCUGUGUUAUUGCCUGGCGAUACAUUCUUUAUCCAGCGCAAGAGCACCAUUACCUUCUCUACUCCCCGCUACGCCGUGGCGUACAAGGUAGCAUCACGCCAUCGCAUGUAG